UGGAAAAUAGGAGAUUAUGACAAUGAAGGAAUUAUAGUGGCAGGUGGGAAUGGACGAGGAAAUCAACUCUAUCAACUUAAUUAUCCUGCUUUUAUCUUUGUUGAUGAAGAACAAUCUGUUUAUGUAUCAGAUCAUAACAAUCAUCGCGUUAUGAAAUGGAGAAAAGAUGCAAAAGAAGGAACAAUUGUAGCUGGAGGAAAUGGUCAUGGAAAAAAUCUGAAUCAACUGUAUCUUCCUCAAGGAGUAAUUGUUGAUGAUUUAGGUCAAAUAUAUAUAGCAGAUUGUAACAAUAAUCGAAUAAUGCGUUGGUGUGAAGGAAAAGAAGAAGGUGAAAUUGUUGUUGGUGGAAAUGGAGGAAAACAUAAACCAAAUCAAUUGAAUGGUCCCAUGGGUUUAUCUUUUGAUGAUGAAGGCAAUCUUUAUGUUGCUGAUCAUUCGAAUCAUCGAAUUCAAAACUUUGAAAUAAUUUUGUGA